AUGACACCACACAACCCAGUUUCCGCCACCAUCUUGAACAGGACUCUAUUGUACCUGAUAGAUGACCUCUCUAACAGCGAGCCAAGCUCUUACUCUGAUGGGUAUAACCUGCAGCACUACAAAGAGCACCUGGAUCAUCUAGAAACAGCCUCAAAACUCGCGCUCCUCCGAGAAUGUUUAUGCGUACGACAGCCUCUGCCACUUUUACCAGACAGUAUCCUUCAAGACAUUGAUUCCAUCCUGAAACGCGUCCGAGAACACCGCAUACUCACCCACAUCUCAUCUCUAUCACCAUGUCACAUUAUCAAUCACAGUAACGGAGCGGAAACCAAGAUCCACCUUUGGAGAGGCGAUAUCACAACCUUGACUGGUAUCACUGCUAUUACGAACGCUGCUAAUGGCCAGGGUCUGGGGUGUUUUCAGCCGACACAUCGCUGCAUUGAUAACAUCAUCCAUGCAGAGGCAGGCCCGCGACUAAGGGAGGAAUGUUUUCAGCAAAUGCAAGAAAGGGCAAAAGACCUUGAGCCCGGUGAGGUUCUGGUUACUGCAGGCCAUGCACUCUACGCUUCUUCAGUUAUACAUACAGUUGGACCACAGCUCAAACGUGGUGCUUUGCCUACAACAAACGAGAAAACCCAACUCUCUAAAUGCUACGAAUCCAUCCUUGAAGCUUUGGAACUUCUGCCGCCCAGUCAAGAUGGCAGUAAGUCAGUUGCGCUUUGCUGUAUCUCAACAGGCCUUUUUGCCUUUCCAGCGGACGAAGCAGCUAGAAUUGCUGUAUCCAUAGUCUCACGCUGGCUGGAACAGCAUCCGUCAACGACAAUUACUGAUAUCGUCUUCAACACAUUCACGCAAUCAGACACCGAGAUUUAUUUAAAGCUUCUCGGCCCCUUACCAACAAAGUCGAUCUUUGCAGUGGCCAAAAAUACUACACAAGGCACCUUGAGCCUAGCACGCGACUGGCUCAGCUCUGCGGAUGCUGUCCUUGUUACUGCCGGCGCAGGAUUAUCUGCUGCAGAAGGGCUGGACUACCACUCCAGAGACCUUUUCAAGAAGAACUUCCCUGGGUUUCUGAAGCUCGGCUUGACAUCUCUCUAUAGUGUCUUUGGAUAUGACGGCUGGCCAUCAGAAGAACAUCGAUGGGGCUACUUCUUUACCCACUUAAAUAUGGUGUCGAACUGGUCCAAAGUCCCGACUUAUCGGGCUCUUCUACUGUGGCUGGAAAAGUUUGGGCCAGACGCUUUUGUUCGUACUUCAAACGCCGAUGGGUUGUUUCUAGCAAACGGCUGGUCAGAAGAGCAGCUAUCCACACCUCAAGGCUCAUAUGCAUAUCUCCAGUGUCUGAAUAACUGCAGAGUAGAUGCCGUUGUUGCAUCAGCUCCUCUAGUAGCCGAUGCAAUGCCAUUUAUCGAUAAGGUCAGCCAAAAGUUAACGGACCCGAAUAAAAUACCAAGAUGCAGAUUCUGCGGUUCGGAUAUGAGCAUCUGUGUACGGGCAGGCUCGUGGUUCAACCAAGCACCUUACAAAGAGGGUGAAACUCAAUGGAAAGCUUGGAGAUCUCGAAUUCUUAAAGAGAAGAAGAAGUUGGUGAUUUUAGAACUUGGGGUCGGGAUGAAUACACCUGGUGUUCUGAGAUGGCCUAAUGAGGAUCUUGUAAUGAGAAGUGACGGGAUGGUCAAGUUGAUCCGUGUUGGGAUAGGUCCUGAGACGAUGGUGCCGUGGGAGCAAGAAGAUGGUGGUGUAAGCACAUGUAUUCAGGGUGAUAUUGAGCGCGCCAUACCGCUGUUGUUAGCAUAG